CGUUUUGUCUGUUGUCGUUUAAGGUCAUAGAGCUAUGACAUCCUUUUUGUGAGUGUGAUAUUUUAGAAAAAUAUCACUUUUAUUUCGUCUUAACAUUUUUUGAGACAUUUCAAUCGUAACCGUGAUAACUGUGAUCUCAUCGUGUGUAUUAAUUGUGCAGUUAAUAUCUAUGAAUCGCAAAGAACACUUUACAACAUCCGACUGAAUUCGCACAAAGGACAAUCUCACACAGACAAGCCGAAAAGUGAUAUAAAAGAAAAUGGCCUGGACGAAGCAUCAAGUAAUGCUGGCAUUUACCCUCGUCAUUACCGGAUCAAUCAACACCCUAAGUACCAAAUGGGCGGAUAACAUCCAAUCGGAGAGUUCCGAUGGUCAAGUUAGACCAUUUGAGCAUCCAUUUGUUCAAGCAUGUGCCAUGUUUAUGGGAGAAUUCCUUUGUUUGCUGACGUUCAAGGCUCUUUAUUAUCACUUUCGUAGGAAAAAUAAUGGAGCCGAGGAUCGCCACGAUCUUGUAAAAGGAAACAGAGAGUUCAGUCCGUUCAUCUUGUUUGUGCCGGCUAUGUGCGAUAUGAUUGCAACUUCCAUCAUGUAUGUUGGACUGAAUCUCACGUAUGCGUCCAGCUUUCAAAUGUUGCGCGGCUCUGUUAUAAUUUUCGUCGGGAUUCUCAGCGUAGCUUUCCUAAACCGCACCCUAGUGAGCCGUGAAUGGAUUGGCAUCCUGUUUAUCAUUGUUGGACUUGGUGUAGUAGGUCUAUCUGACUUCGUAUCAAAUGACGGAGCUGGUUCUUCGUAUACCCGGAAUAAUGUAAUCACCGGUGAUUUGCUGAUUAUCUUGGCCCAGAUUAUCACCGCAGUACAAAUGGUAUACGAGGAACGUUAUGUGGCUGGACUUGACAUCCCGGCACUGCAAGCCGUUGGGUGGGAAGGAUUCUUCGGUUUCAGUGUGCUUGGAACUCUACUUGUUCCCAUGUACUACAUCUAUGUGGGCCCUCCUUUCAACAACAACGCCCGUGGAGUAUUGGAAGAUGUACUAGAUGCACUAGUGCAAAUGAAGAACAAUUACCAGCUUAUCCUAGCGAUCAUGGGAACGGUCGUGUCAAUAGCAUUUUUCAACUUUGCAGGCAUAAGUGUGACGAAGGAAAUAUCCGCUACCACUCGCAUGGUAUUGGACUCCGUAAGAACUCUGGUUAUUUGGAUGGUUUCGUUGAUGCUAGCCUGGCAAAAGUUCCAUUACUUGCAAAUAUUUGGAUUUGGUGGUUUGCUGUUUGGAAUGUGCUUGUACAAUAACAUACUUAUUCUGCAAAUAUAUGACCGUAUCCACAAUGCUGUUAUUCGAAGGCGCGAAAAUGAUGGUCAAAGUGAUGCUAUUAUAAAUAGACGUGCGGAUGAGCCGGAUUGUUAGACUGAAAAUAACUAAUAAGUGAUAAAUGCUUGAGAAUAUGCUAUAUUACAUCAGAUAGAAGUAAAUGUUAAGAAAAACAAAUCAUUUUAGUUUCGUAUCUGGUACCGAGUUCGAAACAGUUAUAUUGUUACUAUGUUUUGAGAUCCACUUAAUUUGAUUUAUGUUCUAAAAUUAAAUGAAUAAUAAAAAUGCAAAACUAA